AAUUCCGAAUUGAGGUUAUUCAAACGUCAAAAAUGGAUCCUGAAGAAGUCGAAUUUUUGGGUGAGAAACAGCUCGUCACGAUUGUUCCAUUGACUACAGAUGACGACUCUCUCAAGUUAAUUUCGGGUGAUUUUGGCCCAUUUCGUAUGGGUAUGCCUGUCAAGGUCCCAUUAUGGGUUGCUGUUCGGUUAAAACAACAAAAACAUUGCAAGAUUCAGCCCCCCGAUUGGAUGGAUAUCGAGACCUUGGAGGCGAUUAAAAAUGAAGAAAAACUCUCAAGGAACUUUACAAAAAUGCCCAGUAAUUUCUACAUGGUUGAGGCAAAGCAGAUUCUGGGGUGUGCCUUUGAAGAUAUUUCGCGUGCGGAUGAAAUAAGAACAAUAAUUAAGGAUAUUUGGGAUAUAAGGAUGUCAAAAUUGAGGUCUUCAAUAGAUUUGUUGGUUAGGAAUAACGUGGCUUUUGCUGAGGUUAAUAAUUUAACUUUGAUGGAAAUUAACUCAAUUAGACCGAUUUUACCCCACGGUUUAGACCAAAUACGUCGGUUGAAAAAUUUUAAACCGUCUCGCGGCUGGCAGUCCCAAGACAGCAUGUCAUCGACGAGUUCAACUAGUUUUCAAUCCUGAUUUUUUUUUGUAUUUUUGUAUAAUAAAAUUAUAUUUAAAAAAAUUGUCAACUGUCAAAUUCUUGAGGUUAUAUUUCCCGAAAGUUGGGUUAUGUAUUUUU